AUGGUUGAUCUCAAGUACCGUCGAACCCAUCGAUCCAAGUCUCUCCCGAGCAACCAGUCUUCUAAGAAGUCGUUCUUUUCCAUCUUCUCCCGCCGUCUCUCUCUUAGUUCGAAGCGACAGUCCAACUCUGUACGCUUAUAUGAUGAUAGUGACGACGAUGACACAGCUCAAGUGAUUCCCCAACAGGUCGAGCCACCAAUCCCGUCUCGCUUCUCCCGUCGAGCCUCUCGCUUCUGGUCCGCUUCAUCGGCGAAUCAAUUCGAAAAUGACUCUGCACCUCAAUCCCCAACCUACCCCAUGCACGGGGGCGCAGCCUAUGUUCCCCGUCACGCUGCAAGUGACUUCUCAAAGACAACCGCCAAUCGCCUGACCAUGAUGGCUGAGGGCGACGAGACAACACUCUGCUCAUUCAACUGCCGCGCCAACAGGACCACAAGAAGCUACAGCACUGACGACGAGCUUGAUGUGGACCACCGUGAGCGAGCACUCAAUGCCCUGACAGCCAGGCGCAGCAGUGCAUUUUCAAGCGAAGCCAGCAACGAGAGCGCCAACGACUAUAGCCUCUUCCUAGCCGACGCAGUGACUGUCGCCGAUGUACGUCGCCGAAGAUCAGCUGCUGCUUGGGCCGAGCUCGAACACAGAGCUGCCGUUGCAAACCACAGGGCCAGCGGCACUGACUUUCUCGUGGGUCGACCAGGUCGACAGAGUACUUAUCUAGGAGUGUCUAGUAGUACAUAUGAGUCGUCCAGACCAGGAAGCUCGGUUGCUACGAGCAUCAAUGAUUAUAUCAGACCCGCGCAGGCCACCAGAGCUUGGUGA